GUGAAAGCGCAUGCGCACAAAUCUAACCUCAAACUUUGUUUAUUUAGAAAUGUCGGAAUAUGAUAAAGUUCGCCCUGGAAAACUCGUCCUCAAGGGCGAAAAACACAAGGCGAAAAAACGCAAACAUAAAAGCAAGCGAGUGGAUGCAGCCCCUAGAGUCGACCCCGACUGUCUCGUCCACGGCAACUGGUGGAAAGUCACAAAAGUCGAAGAAAUCACAGGUCCCGUGGCCAUAGAAUUCGGGAAACACACAUAUGUGAAAGCCCUCGAUAAUGGUUUGUUUACACUGGGGGCCCCACACGACGAAGGCGACGGUCCCUCGCCUGAAGAAAUCUUGACUGCGGUGUUAAUCGACGAGCGCAAAGUUGCGUUUAAAUCGGGUUAUGGCAAGUACUUGAGGGUCGAAAAAAACGGGGUUGUUACAGGGCGCUCAGAUGCUAUUGGUGUGAUGGAGCAGUGGGAGCCCGUUUUUCAGGAGGGUAAAAUGGCGUUACAAAGUUACACAGAGGGUUUUAUGAGUAUUCAAGAUGAUGAUGAUGCUGUGGUGGCUGUUGAUAAGAAAGCGGGGGCUGAUCAUAUGUUGUACAUUAGGUCGCAGACUGUCAAGGACGUGAAUCCGCUCAAGGACGUUCCUGUGGAGGAGCAGGGGGACCUUGAACAAGUGGAAAUUAAUUAUGUUAAAAAAUUCCAGAAAUUCCAAGACAAGCGCCUGCGCAUUUCAAAAGAAGACACUUCGAAUUUGAAGAAGGCCAAAGACGAUGGGACGUUCCACGAGGCGCUGCUGGACAGGAGAAGUAAGAUGAAGGCGGACCGAUAUUGUAAAUAAUGCAGUUUCUAAUGGAAUUUAUUCAUUUUUCUAAACUUAUCUUGUAGAUUUAUUUUACAACAAAAAAAAAAAAAAAAUACAAAAUUAACUGUCA